AUGCUCAACGCCUACUGUCGCUCCCGCACCACCAGCGUACGUAUGUUCAAUGUCCGAUCAGUCUUGUCGGGCACCUACACCUGCGUAGCAGUGGAAGCACGCUCAAACGGCCGGUCUAUUUCCGGACCACUCGCAUCACCAAGAAAGCCACCCCCUCCAUAUGUCCUUAGUGCAAUCGGGCACCCCAACCGCGUCUCGCCCUCGUCAGAUACCGCCAUCACGCCGUCAGUUAAGUAGAAAAAGAACAGCCUGCAGCGACCCUGCUAUACCCACAUUUUGACCACACUUUAUAGACACUCAGUGACUUGGUCGGAAAACUGCGCACUCGCCGUCGGACUAGUGGGGGAUCACACCACCAGUCACCAAGCUCCCUACACUGUCCAGCCUCUUCGCACGCAUUCAAGCGCCACAAUGGCCAUUUAGGAUGAAUAACAACUAAGGCACCACAAAUCAUUCAAACGAUGACCUCUGUUGCGUAGUUGGACUUUUUCGAUAACGACGGGUAAUCGGUCGAACAUCCAAAGUAUUUUCGGCAUAUGCAAAUAUAUGUCGACCUUAAUGCCAUGGAAACGAUGAAUUCAAAACUCCCCUAUUUUACCCCAUAGCUUUUGGUCUAUAUGAGCGUUCGGUAAUCACACCCAACUUACUCGAACGAGCUUACAUAAUUCUGACGAUAUUUCAAUGUACUUUUUCCUUAUGCUGUAAGGAAGUGAAUUUUCAGUGUCAAAAAUAUACCAAGUUUUCUGCACAAACGAUCUCUCGGGGCGCGCACCGAUAAGGCGUUUAAAUGCCCUAAUUUUGAUUUGCCGCGGCAACCACAAGCUUUGCUCAAAUCCCAACUAAAACACGUUUAAAACCCCACUGCCAGUAAAAAGUGAGCAGAGUCACGAAAGCCAACCUCAUUUCCGCCACAGGUGAUAACUGCCACAAACAAUCGGUCAAAAUGUUUGUUUUCCUUUCAAAAUGAAGAGCAUCCACAUGACACCGGCGGAGUGACAUUGAGGUCACUACCACUGCCGGUGCUACCGCAAAAGUGCAGCCGCUGAGACACAGGAGGGGCCAUGCUGGGGUGGGAGGAGGAGCAGGUGACGAAAUGCAACCAAUCGACGUCAUGUGGGACAAAUCACGUCGUGCGAUCAUGCGUUAGAUUUGUGGAGCAGCUGCUCAGACGAUUUAUGCGCGUCGCCUUUUGAUGACUCAUGUGAUGCACUCGAGCCUUGCUGAGGGCUUGGCAGCACAAAAAGGGGCGCAUGAGCUCACGGAUAGACUUAAGAGGACUCUAAAUUCAGAACGAACCAUGAGUUAUCUUCAUGCGGUGCUUCAUGCGCUGCCUACAAAUAAUUAACUGGGACUGUCGGCCCCAGUCUACAGAUUAUAGUAGCCAUAUUAUCAUUCCUAACUGGAAUUGUGCGACCUAUUUGAAAUGUUAAGAUCGGUCGCCUGAAGGCUUUGAAUGUGAUAUAAACCGCUCAUCAAAGGCCGGUAACAAUCGGGAGAUGGCACCCAAAAAAAUCCGUCUAACCAAAGCAGCCUGUCUUGCGGGAUAGGUGGUAAUAGGGGUUUUAUGGGUGGUGGCUGGUCGGGAUGUACGAUACUAGCCGACGGAACGCCUUAUUUGAACAAAUGAAUGAUCUAAGUUGGCCCGCUCUCCGUUCCGUUAUUACAAAAUGGGUCGCCAAAGACAGCACAGUGGUAACGGACGAGUGGAAGGCGUAUAAUCCUCUUCCCUCAGAAGGUUAUCUACAUUUCUCUGUUAACCACUCAAAGAACUUCAAGGACCCUACCACCGGACGGUACAGCAAUGCCAUUGAGGCAUACUGGAGUAGACUGAAAAGGAAACUCUACGACGAAGACCCUUUAUGUGGUCGAGCUGUGUGGGGUCACAUAGACGAAGUACAGUAUCUUCUUUGGUUUGACCUCAAUGCCAUGCCUUUGACAGAUGCCUGGGAACUGUUCCUGUCCCAUGCUGUGCUGACUUAUCCUAUUUAAAAGUGAUUUUGUUUUGUAAUAAACUGCCAUAAUACGAAUGUAUGCCGUAUAUUAAAGUGUACGUGCGUAACGAUGGAGAAGGUUGGGUAACAGCGACCAUCGUCCGGGUAACCUCCUGCGAUGUUCGUUACGCCAGCCCAUGUUAGGCCGUCGGGGAAAGUCCAAGUAGUGAGUGAAAGUAGGCCUGCAACCGCUGAUAUAGCCCGAAGGCGUUCGAGUCCACUGUUAAAGGUAUUAUUUCUAGGUAACGGAUUUUUUGGGUGCUAUCUCCCGAUUGUUACCCAAAGGCCUUCUCAAAUGUACGGUGUCAAGUAAAUCAGUAAAGCUGCGGAGUCUGUUUUCAUAAAGCAAUCGUCAGACUUAGUAAGACUCCCCCGGAUCGUCGGACAACUGAGAAUUCAUAGAAAAUCUAUCAACCUAAUCUGGAUCAAAUUUUUUUGGAGCUGAUUUUAAUACUUCUAUUGUUUUCGAAAUGCAGUAUGGGCAAACACACUGCUGUAGAUUAACACUGCACAGACAUGAAUGUAUUUUCGCUAGAGUAAAUAGGAUCAGAGAGGUGUGCUGACGAGGUUUUAAUUAUUCCUCUCGAUGUUGCCUACUUUUAGUUAAUUCGCCGAGCAUGGUCGCAAUGGGGUGUCAGGAUAAAAAAAACAUUUCAGCCGACAUUAUUUCCUACACAUAGUAAUGCAACUAUGCCGGCACAUGUGCAUUUAAUUAACUUCAGCAAUUUGGCCUAAGCUACUUUACCGUACAGGAGUUUACGGUAAUACUUAGGUACUUAAUGUACCAAAAAGAACAUUCAGUACUUGUCACCCGAAAGGCGCGGGAGAGCUUCCAAUGGAAACAGGACUACACGAAUGUGCUACUGUUUACACCUUUGUCUGCUAUUUGUUGGUAAAAAGCAGAAAGCCAAUAAAAGUGCUUGCAGCAGCUUGCACAAGAGUAACCAUGUUAACUGACGACGUGUAAGUGGGUAACCUUCAAUAUAAAAGGCCGCAACUGAUCAGGCAAAAAUGUUCUUCGCUAUUUGCUCUGUGGCUAAAGUGUGUCACACUUCUGAAAACAUUCUAAUGAAGAUUCUUGGCACCUUAACCCGUCAAAAUGAUAGGACAGACAUAUUAAUAAGACUAUGUAAAACGAGUCUGAAUAUAAGGUAGACAUUUUUCAGCAAUCAUAUUUCAACCCUAGACUAGCUGACAAUAUCCGGUGCCCAUUUUGUUGCACCUGUUAUAUUCACAACAGAUUUUUUCAUAGUCGUUCAGAGUGCUGCACGUUUUACAACCUUGUCCUUAUUCUUUUUCGUCAAGUCUAUGUAUAUCAACUUUAACGAUAGCUUCCACUACGGUUGCACUGAAAAAAACACGUGAUUAGCCCACACAGAAAUCUUCCUCACCUCCAGCCUUUUUUGUCUGCAGGCGCUGGUCACAUCGAGGGACCUAAUGGCGCGAAAAUUAGGAUUGGCUUAAUGCGACCAGUAAGUUAGCAGGGGAGGAGGCUAUCAAUAACUGCUACUCAACUGACGUAUGCGUGGAGUAUCUGAUUACAAAGAAACGGGCAAUAAAUGCAGGGCCUUAAAACAAUUCUCCAAAUUUCUCGAAAAGGAUUAUACGAAGAAAAUAAAGAUAACACAGCCAACAACAGGCUCACACUCAAGAAUAAGCAAGACGACUAGCAGGCAGUUGUGUCAGAAGUCUGGAUACAAAGAAACUACAACAUAUAGCAUAACGAGGAUAUAAUGUCUUCCAAAAUAUCUCCGUUUCGUAAUACGCCCGAUAUGCUGCAGAAGUGGCUGGCUGGGAACGAACAGGAUUUCGAUGACGCGAGUUGGCGCAGUCUCAGUCGUCAGAGUUCAGGUUCCAGAUUUCUUCGGCGUUUUCUCGUGCCCACCGCCUCUGCCUUGACUGUAUGUCUCGGCAGCCGAUGCUUCAGCGCAAAGCCUUGGCAUGGCAUCAAUCGAUAACUUGACUUUCGUCGAUUGGUACAGGACAAGCCUCGCUCUCUCCUUCACCCACUUGUCAUUUAUUCCUCCUCAGCACGCCGAACAUUGUUUUCAUGUUGUUUUACACUUAUUCAAUAAAGAGUACCAACUGCAUUCUCGCCCCAUGACAUAUGACUACAGUACCCUCCUACUGUCGUCCAUUGUACUCGACUUGAAGUUAUGCGUCAUUCCACAUAAUGUCAAACGAACCCCCACUUCGUCCGUCGCCAGUCGUGAACUCCGUAUUCUGGGUUCCCGAGCUCACGGAUAGACUCUUACGACGGAAACAACCGUUUCAUCACUAUAGGAAGUACAUGUAAUACAGUCCUUUAUAAUUGCUUAGCACACAAAGCGUCGUAUUGCACAUUUGUCGUUUUUAAUGAAAGUUGCAGUACUUUGAGAAAAUAGUCCUUUCCCAGCACCCGUUACUGAGGACCUUAAGGGCAUUUUUGAAUGCACUUAUGUUUUACUAUUUAGCGACUUUCGCAUGUGACGAAAGUAGUAGUCGAAGUCAUUUUUUGGCCGAUUGCUCAAAGCUCUGACCAAUCUCUAAAGUCACUGCAGGGUGUAGCCGAGGCUAUUGAAAUUUUGAGGGUAUACUAGAAAAGCGGAUGCCUUCAUGAUCUCUAUUUGCCCACAAUUGAAUUUACAGUGAGACACCGUAGCUGCCGAGCACCUAUUCGUCUCUUUCGAGGAUAGUCGUACUGCUUGCGUCUUAUCAUUACUUCGCAUGAUAUACUCGGAAAAUUCGUUAGUUUUCUUUCCAAGCCUCGGAGACAAGACGCCCCAGAGACGCUUCCCAUGUUUUUAAACGCACUGGCAUUUUCCAGUAUGUUCGUUUUGCAUAUACGUGAAAAGUAGGAUCGUCUGUAGAAGGCGCGGCCGACAAUAAUUGCACUUUUCUCCUCACGAUGUAGGCUAGCAUGUCAACCUCCUGAAAUUCAAGCAAUGUCUACCUUGUCCUAAAUUACUUGAAGAUUUUGGCCUCGAAAGAAAACUACCGCAAAUCCAUACGAAUCCUUCGGACGGACCAGGCUCAAACACACUGCCAUUGUGUAGGAUGAAAAUGAAACACCAGGAGCCUGCCAUGACAGCGGUUCAUAAACAACGCCUUCAGAUUAUAAGUUUGUAGUGUCAAUCGGGUUGGUAGUUUUUCGGACAGAGCAGACGACAUGCUGCCCAUGCAGCUGGUCAGUCCUAUCAAUACCUGAAGUGUGACGAUCUACGUAUUACUUCUGUCAUGGGUCAAAUUCUCCCAUCAUAAACCUUCGAUGUGCACAUACGCCUCAUCUGGGCAUCGCUCUUCGCAAUUCGGGCUCCUAAAGUUGUCACUUUCCGUUCUGUAUCCAAUACAACCGUAGGCAGCAGAUCAAGCUCCUGCCUCCUUGAGACUCUAAAAAGAGGAAACGGAAGUGCUCACAGUAUCGAGGAGUGUGUUUGGCUGACGUUUCGAAGAGCUUGGGAGGCUCUCCAUUAGCAAAGCGUUUAGUGCAAAAACCGAUCAGAAUUUUGAAUACGCAGCCUGAACCGGAACUUUGAAAAGAGGCCUUUUGACUGCUAAGAUAGCUGGAGAUGAGUGCAGUGAUAGAUGGACUUAAUAACACCUGGUGGGUUUGCCAAAACAUCCCAAGCAAUGAAAGGCCCUAUCCACUAGGACCCUUAGGCUCGGUUCCGGAUAGAAUAAGGGGGGAGGGACCCCAGCCGUGAGUGGAUGGUCCUCCGUACAGAACAAAUGAAGAAUAGGUUGGGGCAUUUCAGCAGCCAGAUGAAGGAGCGCAUCCGGCUUCGCCGGUGCAGACGUCCGAGCAUCGCCCGGCAUACGUGCGGUUUCCUUGAAGGAAGGCGUGUCCACGUCGGUCUUGAAGUCGACUGGUCAGUUUGGAUAGCUAAGAUUGGCCGAAAACCAGACACCCUCCCAGUUUCAGGGAAUGGUCUGAGAUAGUGGGAACACCAAACAUGGCCUCAGAAUGUAAUUGCGCGCUUGUACGCUAGGGGAAGUGUCUCAGUGAGCGUCCGGGGUAAGGUCACUACAAGCUCUUCUACCUACCAUAUCGGACUGACAUGUAAAAGCUCACCGUUGAGGAGCGCAUCGUCGAUGCUGUAGGAGCUCACCUAACUAGUUUUCCUGUCCAAAGACGUAGAAGCCCAGACAUGCCGACGGCCUUGUGGCCGGCAUCCUGAGUAAUUCGUUUAAGUGUAACCAGAAAUGACCUUGAAAACGCUCGCAUUUUCCCGCGAAAGCUUUUUCUCUGUAUGUGGACGACGACGGACCUUUGCGAAAGAUUUUUCCUUUCCGGGCGGAUAAUAUUGAAACAGGGAGUUUGUCAGCUUCGGUCUCGCUUCAAGAUCAUUACGAUGCGCAAACUCAGCACUGAGACCAGUCAAAAAGUUCUUGGUACUACUACUGCCACAAAUACCACUAUACUACUACUACUACUACUACUACUACUACUACUACUACUACUACUACUACUACUACUACUACUACUACUACUACUACUACUACUACUACUACUACUACUACUACUACUACUACUGCUAUUACUACUACUACUACUACUACUACUACUACUAUUACUACUACUACUACUACUACUACUACUACUACUACUACUACUAA